UUUAGACAAGCAAAGCUUAACAACUUCCCAUGGUAUCUUUGAUGGCUUUGGAUGUGGAUGGCAUUGGGGGGCAUAUUUGCACUGUCACUGCGAGAGAAGAAUGGACCGUGCGAAAUAUCAAGGAAGCCAUCGAGAUGAAGAGUGGAAUUCCAGCAGACGAGCAACGAUUGGUCUCAGGGGCGUGCAGCAUCUGUGGUCCACUGCACGCAACGAAGCUAAGACCACAGAUGGGAAGGGAUCAAGGCUAUCAGGAAUUGAAGGACAGCCAUCGCCUGAAGACCUCGAAGUCACUCACGCUGUUGAGGCGCACCCCUGAAGAGGCAGAAAUGCUGCAGCGCUUGCGGAAAUGUGCUUCCGAGAAAGCCCCGAGACUGCUCCGGGCGGCCCCCAAGACGCUACGUGCCGAUAGGGAGGUUGUCCUUCGCGCCGUGGAGAAGAGCGGAGUGGCUUUGCAAUUCGCGGACGAAUCUCUUCGAGGUGACAAGGAAGUUGUAAUGGCUGCAGUUUCUCAGACUGGUCAUGCUAUUCAGCAUGCAGCAGAGGAGCUGCGAUCUGAUCGUGAUGUGGUGGUUGCCGCCUUGAAGGGCAGCCCAGAGGCUUGGAUGCUGUUGCCUCCGCAAUGCACUGCCAACAAGGAUGUGAUGCUGGCCUUGAUAAAUCUAUCUGGCCGACACCUUCAGUUGGCAGAUAGUUGCCUCAAGGCUGAUCCAGAUGUUGUGAUGGCUGCGCUCCGCAGCGAUGUUUUCUCCUUGCAAGCUGCUGCUGACGAAUUGCGACGUGAUCGAGAUUUCAUGCUGGCAGCCAUUUGCCAGAAACCUAUGGCCUUCCUUUUUGCCGCAGACGAGCUGCAGCAGGAUCGAGACUUUGCCAUCGAAGCAGUGAAGCAAAACCCGCGAGUGCUCAGAUAUUUGGGAAAGCUUCAGCAAGAUGUGAUGGUGAUCAGUGCUGCCACAAAAUCCUCUGGCUCUGCUAUGCAUUUGGCAUGGGAGGACGAAGAGGCAAUUGGCACUGGUAUUUGCAACAUUGGUUACCACUAACCGGGAGACCUGACAGCCCUGAUCGGACCUGAUAUACCGCAGGUAUACAUGUUUAAAUUUGAUGCACCCUGUGGAGCAUGUGCAUGAAGCUACUAGGAACAAG